GGCACAGUUUGGUGCAAGAGCAAGAACAGCAGCAGCUCCAGCAGCAGCAGCAGCAGCAGCAGCCCACCGACCAGCAGCAUGACUUCCACUGGAAUGAACCAGAUGAGCAGAAUCGUCUUCUACGAGGAGAGGAACUUCCAGGGCCGCUCCUAUGAGUGCAUGAGCGAUUGCCCCGACAUGUCCUCCUACCUGAGCAGGUGCCACUCCUGCAGGGUGGAGAGGGGUUGCUUCGUGGUCUACGACCGCACCAACUACAUGGGCAACCAGUACUUCAUGAGGAGGGGCGAGUACGCUGACUACAUGAGCAUGAUGGGCAUGAGCGACAACAUCAGGUCCUGCCGCAUGAUCCCCAUGUACAGGGGAUCCUACAGGAUGAGGAUCUAUGAGAGGGAGAACUUCGGAGGUCAGAUGUAUGAGCUGAUGGAUGACUGUGACAACAUCAUGGACCGUUACCGCAUGUCCAACUGCAUGUCCUGCAACGUGAUGGACGGCCACUGGCUGAUGUACGAGCAGCCCCACUACAGAGGCAGGAUGAUGUACAUGUGGCCCGGGGAGUACAGGAACUUCAUGAACAUGGGCUACAGCGGCAUGAGGUUCAUGAGCAUGAGGCGCAUCACCGACUCCUGCUAUUAGAUUCUCUUUGCACUGAAUAAAACUGUCCCAAAUUGAA